AUGGGCGGGGCACCCGCUUCCAGCCCAACAACUGCCGUUCGGCCAGGUACAGGAGGGGGCUUCAACAAACGCAAGAGAAGUGGUGCAGGUUUCGAUAGUAGUCCUGGAACGGGAAACGAACAAGAAGAUGAAGAUGCUGAGAGAAGACGACAACCAGGCGUGAAGAGAGCUUGCAAUGAAUGUCGUCAACAGAAACUUCGAUGUGAUGUCAUUCAAGAUCCUUUUACCACCUGUUCACGAUGUAAUCGACUAAAGCUCGAUUGUAAGAUCGAGUCAAAUUUCAAAAGAGUGGGAAAACGAAGCAAACAUGCAGAGAUGGAGAAACAAAUCGAAAGACUUCAACGAACGGUAGCUCGUGCUCAACAAGCAGGUUUCAUUCUUGAAGAAGAAGAAGACCUUCAAUCCCCAAUCGCGAAUAGCAGCGUCUAUCAACAUUCUAGAAACCAAUCAUAUAUAGGAUCGGAAGAAGCUGUGUCAUCCUUACUUCAUCUCAAGCAAGGAGGUUCUUACAAUUUACCACAAUAUGCGAGACAAAUUGAAACCGUGGGCUUAACGGAAGAUGCCAUUAAUCAUCUGUUUAACGAAUUUUUCGUCUGGUAUCACCCAUAUCUUCCAUUUCUUAGUGCAGAACAGACCUCCGACCAAUAUUAUCAGCAAGAUCCUCUCCUUUUCUGGGUCAUCAUUACUGUCGCGGCACGUCGAUAUUCUGCGGACCCCAAUCUGUUGACCAAUCUUCAUGGCCCUGUUACUAGAUUGUUGUGGUCUAAAGUGGGUGAGGUUCCUAACAAUUACCACAUUGUUAAAGCAUUAAUUUUGUUAUGUACUUGGCCAUUACCUAUAAGUACAACCUCAUCAGAUAUUACGCAUAUCUUGUGUGGUGUAAUGAUGAAAGCUGCGACUGGUAUUGGAUUACACCGACCAAAUAAUACUCAAGAUUUUUCGCGGGUAUCUGUUGACCUCAAUAGAGAGCAGUUGCAUGAUAGAGUAGUAACGUGGGCGGUCUGCAAUAUUGUAGCACAGAGUACAGCUACUGGAUAUGGACAACCAGCGUCGACAUUAUAUGAUUGGACACUUGCAGUACGACCUGGAGAGGAUGGGCCCUUUACAAUCUCUCCAGAGCUUUCAUCCCGCCUUACGAUCGAGAGAUUUUGCGAUAAAGUCUCGAAAGAAAUGUAUAGCAAUGCCAACGAUCCUAGAGGUGUUGCUGGUGAUGAAAUCAGGGCUUUGUUGACUCGGGUUUACCGCCGGGAGUAUGAAGAAAUUCGAGUAGCAAUACUCUCCAGACAAAAUUUAUCGCCAAUCGUUGAUCUCCAUCUUCGAGCUGCUGGAUUGCACCUUCGUCUCUCGGCCUUCUUUGAUUCAAGUACCACACAGGGAUACUUGGAUGAUUUGAUGGGUUUAUGGAGAGCUACUUAUCAAUUUUUAGAUCUCGUCUUCGAGCUUGAGACUCCUUCAUCUGACAACACUCAUGGCGGUAUUCUUCGGUUCGCCACAGGCUAUAUUCUUCAAAUGAUUAUUGCUGCUUGCUUUUCAUUACUCAAGCUACUCAGUUCUUUCUUUGCCAAGAUUAUGGAUUUUGACCGUGGCCGUCAAUUAUUUCAUCGCACCAUCUCAGCAAUUAGAACCAUGAGCAUUAUGAACAAUGACUUGCCUUGGAGACUCGCUGAACUCAUGGUCCAGAUGUACAAUGGAGCUCGAGUCGAGCAACGGCAAAUUGCACAAAUGAACAAUGGCAACGAAUUGGAUUCAGGCUCUGUUGUCAUAGAUGAUAGUUUGCAAUUAAAAGUUAGAUGCAGGAUGAGCAUGAGCUUGGUAUUUGAUUCUAUUUGGAGAUGGAGAGAGGAGUUUCAGACUCAAGGUCGGAGUAUUGAAGCAGCGAUCCGAAAUCCGACCAAUCCCGAUAGUGCUAAUGAAUCGUCUGCCUCAUCAACUCACUUGGAUAGUACUCUUAUUCCUUCAACUCAUCAGAUUCAGAACCAACUCCUUGCUACGGCUGGCCCCGUUACCCCAAACGAUGUCAUGACCGGCGCCAAUAGUAUGCUCGCCGGCAACAUAAAUUAUAGCGAGACGAACUAUGAGGUUUUCGAUCCUUUAAAUUGGAUGUUGGAUGGAUUGGUCGAUUUUCCCUACAGUUAUAACGCUGUUCAAGGACUUGAAGCCAAUGGUUUGGGUUGA